AUGCAGCCUGAAGACUCGAUACGCAGCGAGCGGUCCAUGGUAUCCAUCCGUAUCGGGGUAAGCCCGCGGAUCUCUGCCGGUCUCUCCCGGAGCCAGUCAGGACGCCUGUUGUCUGGAAACUCCUUCCCGCUCUGGCUCGACGCAAUCCCACCCAACGAUAAGACUAGCUCCGAGGUGCUAUUGGUUGGGAAAAUGGAAACUUCGAUGCGCCGAGUCGCCGGCUUGCCCGGCUUUCCGGCUGUUAGUUUCGUAUCGACGCUUGGUGAGAGGCUUGGCGAAGACCUCCCUGUGCAUGCUUCGAGCGAGUCCCCAGGAGAUCUGUCAAAGGCAGCGCUGAGAGUCCGGCAGCCGUUGGUUGAUGAACGGAAACUAGCGGAAGAGUGCCCUCAUCUGCUCGCUUACGGCAUCGAAGGCAUAGCUAGCUGUAAGAAGGAAAACUGGGCGUUGAAGAAGUCAUGACUCGUCCUCGAAGAAUUAAGGCAUUCCCAUUCCAUGGAAACAACAAGGUAGCGCUGGGGCUCGAACCAUCGUUGCACAUAGCAGUGUAGCCCCUGUUCUGCUCGAGGCGACACGCAGACACAUUUCCUCGGCGGGGAUUUUGUUUUUAAAAUUAGGACAAUUCCUGGAGCCGAAUUGGCUUUCUUGGAUGGCUCGUCGUUGGAACGUGGCGCUUGACCACGGUGGCAUGGUUAGUUUAGCAUGUCGCAGUCACAGGAAGCCUGCCGGAAUUCGCCGCAGCGAUGCAUGUUCGGAGAUCGUUCGUCAAGUGGAGAGGAGGCAAGACUGCCAUGCCCUACUAUGCUGCGGUUUCAUGUGGUGGUGAUGAUGUGAAGGAGAGAAGUACCUAAAUGCUCGUGC